GGUGAUUGAUUUCACAUGGCGGAUUAUUGGAAGAGUAACCCCAAGAAAUUCUGCGAUGUUUGCAAGUGUUGGAUGGCAGAUAACAAAAUCAGUGUGCAAAAUCAUGAAAGCGGACUUCGGCAUAAAGCGAAUGUGGAAAAGAAAAUGAACGAACUCUUGCGGAACAAUAAAAACAGUGAACGCGAAGAGCAAAAGCUCCGUGACAGUAUCCAACAAAUGAAUGACAAUGCGUUUGUCGGUAUGAUGAAAGAUCUUGCGCGAGAUCCAAGUCUCGCGAAACGAUACGGAAUCACUUUGACAGAUCAAGCUCAGCAGGAUGUGCGAGACAAGGUUUCCGAGAUAACUUCUAAAGACAAAACGAAGAAACCGGUGAGCACGCCGGCACCUAAAACUCCUAAGACAGCUACUCCUGAAUGGCGAGAAGCUACAACGCCUGAUGGUCGUAAAUAUUAUUGGAACACUGUUACUCGUGUGACACAAUGGGAACGACCUGAAGGCGAUGUUGCACCUGAAGUUCUAUCAGUUAAGGCAGAAAAGGAGCGCUUGCAACAUUUUGUGCUCAACAAACUAGUCGAACUCAGUGAAUCCGGUUCCAAAGAUGCAACUGCGGCUGUACAUCAAGCGUUCAAUGCACCUUUGCCAGAAACUGAGUCUACUGAAGCGGACAACUUCGAGCCCAUGAAUCCCCCAACCACAAAACCUGAGCCACUAUCCGGAAAAGCAGAGAAGAUCUCAUUCAACGGUCCGAAAAUUGACCUACUUGGUCCCUGGGUCCCAGUUGAAGACGAGGUUCCUGCAAAGCUCCCCAAACUUGAUCUUCCCACUGAACACUCUAACCGUAGCACACAAAUGGCUCCCACCUCACAUGGGCACACCAAUACGGCAUUCUCCCUUCUCACACAUUUGGAGGAAACAACGGAAGCAGAUAUUCAGAAUGCGCGUCACUUAGAAACAACCGAGAAAGAAAUUGUUCCUGGUUCAGUUUCCAAUACUGGUUCCAAAGUUCAGUCUAACGUGCCGCGACUCGUUUUUCGGCGAGGUCCUUCAUCUGCAGCAUCUCGGAGCUUCCGUGGUCCCAGUACAGACGAAUAAUCCAUUAGGUCAAUUCCCCUUGCUUUCAAAGUUACGAUUGUAAAUAUACUGAUAUGCUUUUC